AUGGACAACAUUGCUAAAGCAUCUCUUCUCCUUAUCCUCAUCUUCGCCGCCGCCGUCGCCGCGGCGGCGCCGGCGGUGGCGAGGCUUCAAACGUGCAAGCCGAGCGGGAAAAUAAAGGGCAAGACGCCGCCUCCGGGGCAAUGCAACACAGAAAACGACUCGGAUUGUUGUAAGGACGGGAAGCUCUACAUGACGUACAAGUGCUCGCCUCCGGUGUCCGGAAGCACCGGCGCGGUUCUUACGCUAAAUAGUUUCGAGAAGAACGGGGACGGCGGGGCGCCCUCGGAAUGCGACAAUAAGUACCACUCGGACAACACUCCGGUGGUGGCGCUGUCGACCGGAUGGUACAGUGGGGGGCGGCGGUGCCACAAUAAUAUAACUAUAAGUGGUAAUGGGCGGAGCGUGGCAGCCAUGGUGGUGGACGAGUGCGACUCCACGAUGGGGUGCGACGACGAUCACGACUAUCAGCCUCCGUGUCCUAACAACAUUGUCGAUGCGUCCAAGGCCGUGUGGAAAGCUUUAGGGGUUCCGGAGAGCGACUGGGGGCAGAUGGACAUCACUUGGCUUCAAACGUGCAAGCCGAGCGGGAAAAUAAAGGGCAAGACGCCGCCUCCGGGGCAAUGCAACACAGAAAACGACUCGGAUUGUUGUAAGGACGGGAAGCUCUACACGACGUACAAGUGCUCGCCUCCGGUGUCCGGAAGCACCGGCGCGGUUCUUACGCUAAAUAGUUUCGAGAAGAACGGGGACGGCGGGGCGCCCUCGGAAUGCGACAAUAAGUACCACUCCGACAACACUCCGGUGGUGGCGCUGUCGACCGGAUGGUACAGCGGGGGGCGGCGGUGCCACAAUAAUAUAACUAUAAGUGGUAAUGGGCGGAGCGUGGCGGCCAUGGUGGUGGACGAGUGCGACUCCACGAUGGGGUGCGACGACGAUCACGACUAUCAGCCGCCGUGUCCUAACAACAUCGUCGAUGCGUCCAAGGCCGUGUGGAAAGCUUUAGGGGUUCCGGAGAGCGACUGGGGGCAGAUGGACAUCACUUGGUCCGAAUGAAGCUUAGUCUUCGAUCAUUUUACUAAUUUUUUUUUUUAUUGUGUCGUAAAUAUGUUUGGGUGAUCGAUGCUGUGA